UGAAAGUUUUAUGUCACACAAGUUAGCGGCCAACUUUUUCGAUGGAGAGUGGAAAACAAGAGCAACACAAUAUCCCUACUGAUGCCUAUAAAAUGAUCUCACUCUGUGAUAACAGACAAUACACUUUAACACCAUCCUUUUCAUUGAGGAUGAUGCAUCAAAUAAUUACAGUCACUGCUGACAGAUCGAUGACUAACGCUGACAACAAUACCUUAGUCUAUAAAACCCUGAUUUCCCUCUGCUGUGUUCUAACAUUUAUGGCAGGCGCUGCAACAAAGUAGUAGCAUAGCAGUCCUUUUUGUUGAACAUACAGCCUAUUUUGUAGGUAUUACAGAGACUCAUUUCAUACAGAGUCUGUGUGUACACAUCUAAAGGUAAGCUGGUAUAAUUCAGGGUAUCAUACUGUAUCAGUUCAGUUUAUUUAUUGUUGCAUUUUGAUCAGUGAAUUAAAUAAAUCCUUUACUUCACCCAAAUGCUUUGAUGCAAAUCUUAAGGCUGUAAUGCUGUGCUAAUUAUUUUCACUCUCAUUUUCAAAGAACGUUUCAGGGCCUUUUGAGGAAAUCAUCAACAAUGUGGACCGUUGCUCUCAUUCUUUCUUUGGGAAAUAUUCUCAUCACAGGAGAGGCCAGUGAUCAGCAUUCAGAACCCUUCUCUGUAAUUGAACGCUCUGAAACCACCACCCCUGGUCUUUUAAUACUAGAAAAACAGAAAUCCAACAGCUCAAUUCAUCCACCUCAUAUAGCAGGACCAAAAACACCACACCCUCCUAUGUGCUUGGAGUCAGCUGGAAUCAGAGACACCUUCAAAUACGUCCAUACUGUGGUGUCUAUUGUUGUUUUUGUUGUUGGAAUAGUGGGCAAUUCAGCCUUACUGAAAAUCAUAUAUGUGAACAAAUGUAUGAGAAGUGGACCAAACAUCCUCAUUGCCAGUCUUGCUUUAGGGGAUCUAAUCCACAUUGUGAUAGACAUUCCAAUCAAUGCAUACAGGCUCAUGGCAGAAGAUUGGCCAUUUGGCUUGGUGCUGUGCAAACUCGUCCCCUUCAUACAGAAAAGCACAGUUGGGAUUACUGUGUUGAGCUUAUGUGCUUUAAGUGUUGACAGAUACCGAGCUGUAGUAUCCUGGACUCGAAUCAAAGGCAUUGGGGUUCCAGUUUGGACAUCAAUCGAAAUAACUCUGAUAUGGGUUAUUUCCAUCCUGUUGGCUGUCCCUGAAGUUGUCGGCUUUGAUAUGAUAACAAUGGACUAUAAAGACAAGCAUCUGAGAAUUUGUCUGCUUCAUCCCAUGCAAACCUCACCGUUCAUGCAGUUUUAUAAAUCAGUAAAGGACUGGUGGCUCUUUGGCUUCUACUUUUGCAUGCCAUUGGCUUGGACUGCCGUCUUCUACACACUCAUGACCAGGAAAAUGCUAAGGAAUACUGACAAUACGAUAAGCGAUCACACCAAGCAGAGACGAGAAGUUGCAAAAACUGUCUUCUGCCUGGUGAUUGUGUUUGCACUUUGCUGGUUGCCUCUAUACCUAAGUAGAAUCUUGAAAUUAACCAUAUACGACGAGAAAGAUCCUAAUAGGUGUCAACUACUGAGUGUCUUUCUUGUCAUGGACUAUUUUGGCAUUAAUAUGGCAUCACUCAACUCGUGCAUCAAUCCUAUUGCAUUGUACACAGUCAGCAAGAGAUUUAAAGGCUGUUUCAAGGCAUGUCUGUGCCAUCGGUGUCUACCUCUUCAAGCUGUUCCCCAUGAUGAGGCACAGUCUGUUUUAAAGUCCAGAACGCAGGAUCAAGCCUCAUAGCAGAGCUGGAACUUCAAAGCCCACAAGCAGACUUCCACCCCUCCACCUGAGCAGGAGAACACCUUAAUUACUGUGUUAACAAAACUCAGUGAAACUACAUUGUGAGUGCUUUAAUGUAUCUU